AUUAUCCACGAACCCAGUUUUUCGUAAUCCUCUCUAAGAGAAAAGCCCUGUGUUUUCAGAUUCCAUGGCUGAAUUCACAGCAGGUUUUCAAAGCUUUAGAGCCCAAUUUCCAGUAUCAGAUAUUGAUCCAAACAUGGAGAUCAUGACAAACCAAUACGCAGGUAUAAACCCAAGUGUGCUGACCACUCCAGAGCUUGAUUUCCAGUGCUUCAUGCCUUUCUGCAACCACAAUUUCUUCAGCCAUCAAGUACCUGAAUUCACAGGAAACUUGGCUGAAAAUCUUCUCGGUUCUGUUCUCCAGGAGUUCAGCCAGAAUUUGGUGCCUGCUCAGCCUGUAAUGAAUGCUGCAGCUGGAAAUGAAUUCCAUGAAAGCAAGAAGAGAAAAUCAAUGGAAAAGCCUGAGAGCAGCUCUGAAACCUCAAGACCUCAAGUUUCAGAAACUGGGAGUAAGAGGAAAAAUAGUUCAGGAAAAGGGAAGAAAGUGAAAAACACCCUGAAGGAAGAAGAUCAGAAACCAAAGGAAGUUGUUCAUGUUAGAGCUAGAAGAGGCCAAGCUACUGAUAGUCACAGCUUAGCAGAAAGGGUUAGAAGAGGAAAGAUCAAUGACAGACUCAGAUGCUUGCAAGACAUUGUCCCUGGAUGCUAUAAGAGCAUGGGAAUGGCAGUAAUGCUGGAUGAGAUAAUUAAUUAUGUCCAGUCCUUGCAAAAUCAGGUCGAGUUCCUUUCUAUGAAGCUUACAGCAGCAAGCUCAUUUUAUGACUUCAGCUCAGAUUCAGAUGCUUUAGAAACAAUGCAGAGGGCCAAGGCAUAUUAGGCAAAAGAGGUUGAGGAGAUUGAUGAAGGAAGGAAGGAAGGACAUGGAGGACUAGUCUCAUGUUGCACUCAACUUGAUUAAUGGUCCCCCUAUGACUUCACUUUUGGAUGUUACUCACUGCAAUACAUGAACAUGAAGAUGCAUCUUCAUUUCCCAAUAUUUUCCAAUUUGAGAAUUAUAUUUGUUACCACUUCAUGCUGCACAAAGCAAAGUGGAUAUUGAUACCUGUACAAGCCCUCACACAUUGGGAAAUUCAAUCAAUAAAAAGGCUCUUAACUUUUUAUUUUAAA